AUCACAACCCUUAUGAAUGCGAUUGAGCACCAACGGCGCCACACCCUGGCUGAUGCUCAUGGAGUUGGCUACACUGGAUAAUCCCUGCUUUUUUGAUAUGGAUAACUGCUGGAAUCUUCUGUUAAUACACUAUGGCUAUUCUUAUGAAUGGUUUUUAAAUCUCUUCUUCACUGCCAGUCUGAACUAUGAAGAAGGCAACAACAUGGAGUGUAGCAGGGGAAAAAGAAAGAUGUACAACAUGCCCGAAUACAAGGAAGUGCUGGUUAUCGAGGUUUUCUCUUGGUUCAAUCUUCUUCAAGAGCUAAAGAUUGCUGUUUGUUCUGCUCUUCAUAUUGAAUCCCAUACCAUUCACAACUACCAUCUCCUGCUAUUUUAUGGCUCUGUUACUUUGGCACCCGUGAAAGAACUUAAAUAACAACGUGAUGCAAGUGUUUUUUCUGGAUAAUGAGGAAAUAUUUAUGCAUAUUUUUGUCCCAAACAAGUACGGCCAUCUUCUUUGUGAAGAAAUAGAUCCAACUUAAUCUACUAUAUGAUUUAUGCAAGCUCAAGAAUCAAAAACCAUGAUUGAAGAUGUAAAUUGUAAAGUUGAAGAGACAGUAAAAAAAUAGAAAAUGCUGAGAUAAGAACUGAACAGAUCGAGAAAAGGACUGAAACAGUAGAAUUAAGACUUGAAGCCACCAAGAAGGAAUCGUAUGAUAUGAAGAAAAAGUUUCAGGAGGACAAUAAGGAGCUACAAGAUGUGAAAGGAAAACUUGCAGCAUUAAUGAAUUUGAUAGCAAAGAAAUUGAGAGAGGGGGGCAAUCAGACCAAACAUCAUUUUUUUUGAGGUAUAUGUAUUAUUAUAAAAUGGUAUCUCUAAAUUAUGCUUAAUUUCCAUCAGAAUUUGUCUAUUUUAUAGCUUUUUGAUUUUUUAUAUUUGUGAUGUCAAUUAUAGCAUCUCAUCUUUUGCUCUCU